CGGACACUCAUGCCCCCCAGUCACUACCAGCUGAGUCCCCGCUCGUCGGUGGACUCCGUCGCGCUGCUGUCCGAUCCCGACACGGAGGACCUUGUGCUACCCCGGAGGAAAUCUGCCUGGGGGAUGCUGCGGCCGUCCAGCUGGAGCUACUCGCGCCUGGCCACCCGCAAGCCAACUUUCCAUGGCCUCCGGCGCGGUCCCCCGCGCCCACUCGCGCGUCUCGUCCGCAUCGCCCUGGGGAUCCUGGUGGCCCUCGUCGUGCUGACCGGGGCCUUCUGGCCCUCGUAUACGCAUCUCCCGCCGCACUACCAGGCCCUCCGCCGCGCCGCCGCCCAGCCCGACGUCCACGGCCCCGGCAACCCUCACGACGAGAAGAUCUUUAUUGCCGCCAUUCUCUACGACCGCGCAGGCACCCUGGCUGGGGGGCGGUGGGGGGAUGCCCUCCACCAGCUGAUCCACCUGCUGGGUCCGGACAAUGUGUUCCUCAGUAUCUACGAGAAUGACAGUGGCGAGAAGGGGGCGCACGCGCUCCGCGACCUGGAGGACAGAGUGGCCUGCAACAGGUCCAUCCGCAGUGAGCAGCACCUGGACCUCCACUCCUUUCCGAGCGUGACUGUCCCGGGGGGCGCCUCGCGCGUCAAGCGGACCGACUACCUGGCGGAACUGCGGAAUCGCGCCCUGCGCCCCUUGGAUGACCACCCCGAGAUGCGGUAUGACCGAAUCCUAUACCUCAACGAUGUGGUCUUCGAUCCGCUCGACGUCCUUCACCUCCUCUUCUCCACCAACAUCAACCGCGCCGGCCGGGCGCAGUACCGGGCCGCCUGUGCCGUCGACUUUACCAACGCGUUCAAGUUCUACGACACCUACGCCACCCGCGAUCUGGACGGAUAUGGCAUCGGGCUCCAGUUCUUCCCCUGGUUCACCACGGCGGGCCACGGCCUCUCCCGGCAGGACGUCCUGGCCGGGAAGGACGCCGUCCGAGUGCGCAGCUGCUGGGGGGGGAUGGUCGCGUUCGACGCGAGGCCCUUCCAACGCCCCGAGAGCCCCGUGCGGUUCCGCGCGGAUGCCGACCUGUUCUUCGACGGGUCCGAAUGCUGCAUCAUCCACGCCGACAUCCAGGAUCCCCCCUCCCGCCAGGCGAUCGCGAUCGCCGAACCCGCCGACACCGGCAUCUACAUGAACCCGUUUGUCCGGGUCGCGUACGAGGAGCGGAGCUUUGCCUGGCUGGGGGUCACCCGUCGCUUUGAGCGACUCUACCCCAUCGCUCACUCCAUCGCCAGCCAUCUGGCGGGCUUCCCGCGGUACAAUCCCCGUCGGGAUGAGAUCCCCGGCCAGGUGGUCACGGAGACGCUGUGGGUCCCGGACGAGAAGGACGAACGGGGAGGGUCGUUCAAAACAGUGGAUCGUGUAGCCGACAACGAUGGCUUCUGCACGGACGGGUUUGGAGGGUACCGUGGCCUGCAGGUGAUCGUCGAGGAUCGCAAGCCUGGCGAGGAUGGAUGGGAGGAGAUCGCCUUUCCCACCGCGUAGCAUGUAAUUUCAAUUGUACGACUGGUGUUUCCAUGUGAAACGAGCGUUGGAGAUGUGGUUUCUCAUACUAUGAUACAUGGAAAUAAUAGAUAUUUUCUGUUUUUUGAUUGCGCAAUGCUACCUGUGGUGUGGCACCUUGGACCAGUGUCGGCAUCGACCAAACAUCGUCCGACAGAACUUGCCAUACU